AUGGCACCGCAUGCCAAUAUUCUGCGGACAGCGUUCAUCGCGCUAAUAUGUACUGCCGCACUCGUGCAAUCAAGAACCGCUCGUAAAAGAAGACAAAUCGGAUCGAACCUAGUCAAUAAUCCCGGCUUCUGUAGGAAGAACCUGUGUGAACCCUUGGACGCACCCGCACAUGGAACAAUUGCCUGUGGGGCUGGAUUCCCGUUUUAUGAGUGUACGGCCUCUUGCGACCCUGGGUACGAGUUCUCUAACAAGAUGACGACGGACAAACGCGAGUGUGACCAAAUGUUCGGGGAUUGGUUCGACCCACCCGGAAUGGACAUCCCUGACUGCCAGCCGUCGUGCAGCCCUGCCUGUCAGAACGGGGGCUCGUGCCUGCUGCCCAACACGUGCGGAUGUUCCAACGGCUUCAUGGGCGCCCAGUGCCAAUACCCGGCAAAUAACUGCGCAUCCCCACCGACUCCUCAAAACGCUCAGGUCACGUGCCAGCAGGACAGUUCCGGUGCUCGGUGCACAGUUGCAUGUAACCAGGGAUACAAACCCCUAUGGGCCAUCGCCCCGAGUUUCACGUGUUCCCCGGACGGAACUUGGUCGCCCGAUCUGGCUGAGAUCCCGGGUUGUGUGGAUGAGUCGACACCCAUCAACGAGACCCACAUCCCGAGCCCUACCCACCCACACACCGGAAGUGCACGGUGCGUGGCCUGGGGCCAGGACCACUACCGGACGUUCGACAACAAGAUCUACCACUACAAGGGAGCGUGCAAUUACGUGCUUGUCAAGGAUGCGGUCGCCAACAGCUUCCAAAUACAUGUGGCCAAUGAUAAGAACUGCCAACCGGGACACAGGUGUAAACGUGAGCUAGACAUUUACAUGGGUAACGAUCGGAUCUCUUUGAAGCGUGAUUCCAGCGGCCCUGUCGUCUCGUACAACGGCGCGGUGGUGCCCGUCCCCUCCAGCAAGGGGGUGGUCAUCUUCGAGAAGAUCAGCUCGUACAUCGUGGUGAGGAGUAGCAUCGGCUUUCAGAUCCGUUGGGACACGUAUGAGAUGGUGUUUGUGACUGUCACGGAUGUCCUGCUUGGCAAGACAAAGGGUCUAUGCGGCACAUAUGACGGGGACCAGACGAACGAUUUCACCACGGACACAGGAAAUGUUGUUACCCAGGCACCGGCCUUCGUCACCACGUGGAAACGCUCAUUUGCCGGUGAAACAUGCGCUGACCUGCCCCAGACCGGAUGCAACGCCGCAACUCCCCAGGUUUUAACCACCGCAACUUCCACAUGCGAGGCGCUAAUGGAAACCGAAUUUGAAAUAUGUCACCAUGCCGUUCCACCAGCGGCGUACAUCUCCGCCUGUAAGGAGGACUGCUGUGACUCUUCCGGUCAAGACUGCCUGUGUAGCUCGUUUGAAGCGUACUCUCGCGCAUGCCUGGAACAUAACAUAAGGCUGGACUGGCGCUCGGAUAACAGAUGUCACGCCCAGUGCCCGGGUAACCAGAUCCACAAGGAAUGCGGUAGCAUGUGCCAGAAGACGUGCCAGUCCCCGAGCUCAGCGUGCGAAGAUCACUCGUGCAUCGACGGCUGUUUUUGUCCGGACGGCAUGGUUCUUCUAAAUGAUCAGUGCGUCCAGAAGUCCGAGUGUCCGUGCAUGCUGAACGGAGUGGAAUACCGGAACGGCGAACAGGUGCCCAAGGAGUGUAACAAAUGCACGUGCAUGAACGGCGCGUGGCAGUGUACGAACAAGCGCUGCGAUGCGACGUGUUCCGCUAUCGGCGAUCCUCACUACAUGACGUUUGACGGGAAGCGGUACGACUUUAUGGGAGUGUGCUCCUAUUACAUGAUCCACGACCCGGGGACUUUCGACAUCAUCGUAGACAACAUCAAGUGUGGACACGGGGGCGAGUACUCCUGCACAAAGAGUCUCAGUAUCGACAUCAGUGGACACCAUAUCAAGAUGGACCACAACCAUCAGCUGUUCGUGGACGGCGAGGAAAUUACCAAGACUCCGCACGAAAAUGACGGCAUCAAGGUCUUUAUGGUCUCCUCGCUCUUCAUGAAGGCCGAGCUGUCCAAUGGAAUCACCAUACUGUGGGACGGACGGACCCGCGCCUACAUCACCGCCCCACCCUCCUUUAUCAACAAAACACAGGGUUUGUGCGGAACUUACGACUCUAACCAGAAGAACGACUUUAAAACCAGGGAAGGCGACAUCGAGACUAUGCCUAGCGCCUUUGGAAACCGCUGGAAGACGGUUCCCACGUGCAAGGAUGCCGGACCGGUCGUCAACCCGUGCGACACGUAUGUGAACCGGAAGAACCAGUCAGCCCAGUAUUGUGCAUACCUCCGAAGUGAUGUCUUUCAAGCGUGUGCCAAUGCUGUAGACGUGGAUUCGUUUUACCACGCUUGCAUGUUUGACGUGUGCUCGUGUACAGAGAACGUGAAGGACUGCCUGUGUCCGAUCCUGGGAGAGUACGCUGCACAAUGCGUGGCUGCCGGCGUCGAGAUCCACUGGAGAACAACUAUACCAGAGUGCCAACUGGCCUGUAAUGGCGGCCAAGAGUAUCAGGUCUGCCCGAACGAGUGCACUCGCACGUGUUCUAACAUCGCCAACGACCAGGGUUGCGUUCAGUCAUCUGUGUGCGCCGAAGGGUGCGCCUGUCCCGCCGGUCAGACUCUUGACGACUAUGGCAACUGUUUAUCCAUCUCCAAAUGUCCUUGUUUGUUUGCGGGCAAUGAAUUCCUGCCCGGCAUCACCGUGGGACGUGGCGAUCAGAUCUGCACGUGCGUGGACGCUCGUUGGGCAUGCGCAGCUAAGACGAUUCCAAUUCCGACGACAAACAUCUGUAAGCCAAAUCAAGAGUUCUCCAGCUGUAUAUCCUCGUGCCCGAUGACAUGUGAGAACAUGCAUGAUUCCAUAUCGUGCAACACGACCACGUGCGUAGAAGGGUGCAUCUGUAAGCCCGGAUAUGUGAAAGAAGGUAACGACUGUGUCCUGAAGGCCGACUGUCCGUGCUACCACGGUAGCAAGGCUUACAAAGAGGGGGAAAAGUUCACCAUGGAUUGCAACGAAUGCACGUGUCGUAGCCGGAUGUGGGUUUGUGAACAGAAGGAUUGCCCCGCCGUGUGUAGCGCUUAUGGCGACUCUCAUUAUACCACGUUCGAUGGACGCUCGUUCGAGUUCCAGGGUAGCUGUGACUAUGUGUUCGCGAAAUCAUCAGAGACUUCUCCCGUAAAGUUCGAGAUCACCACAGAGAACAUUCCUUGUGGAACCACGGGUGUCACGUGCACCAAGUCUAUCUCGUUUAGCAUUGGAGAACAAGGAACUGCAAACUUCUUCCGGAUCCAGCUAGUGAAGGGAAAACAAGUAUUUGCCGACGCCGACUCCCCUUUCACCGUGAGGGAGGUUGGGAACUUCAUCAUCAUAACCACGCCCCAGGGGAUAACACUGGAGUGGGACAAGGGAACCAGACUCUACCUCAAACUGAGCACACAACACAAGGGACAGGUUGUUGGGUUAUGCGGUAAUUUUAACGGGAACCAGAAGGAUGAUUUCUCCACGCCCCAGGGCGGCCCUUCCGCUUCCAAGGCAACCUCGUUUGCUGACAGCUGGAAGUUGCACGGGUACUGUGCCGACUCAAAGGAAAUCGAAGAUACUUGCGCGGCGAACACGGAACGCGGCCCCUGGGCUCAGAAGCAGUGUAGCGUCCUGUCCAGUAAAUUGUUCGAGGCAUGCCAUCCUGUUGUUGCUUACCAGGAGUUCAUUGACAGGUGCGUGUUUGACGCAUGCGCGUGUGACACGGGCGGGGACUGUGAUUGUUUAUGCACGGCUGUAGCAGCCUACGCCCACCAGUGUUCUAUGAGCGGAGUCACCAUCAAAUGGAGGACAGAGGAGUUCUGCCCGAUCAUGUGUGAGAACUGCAAGACGUAUAACCCCUGCAUCUCGAUUUGUCCAGUGAAGACGUGCGACAACCGCCUGGUAUACGACACGCUCAUACAGGACUGUGGCCAGGAGACGUGUGUGGAGGGAUGCGACAUUGAGCCCUGCCAGCCAGGUCAAGUGUAUGAGAGCAACAAGGAACCAUUCAAGUGUAUUCCUGAGGCGUUCUGUAAUACAACCUGCCUUACAUUAAACGGAAAGGAGUAUAAGGAAGGGGAGAGAAUCCUGGAUUCAACUAUCUGUAGAAUGGACUGUGAAGUCUGCUACUGUGACCAGCACCAGGUGAAGCGUACCGGCGUCUGCACAGGCACCCCGCCACCGGUAAGUAGCACCGUCACCUCCUCGGUAACCGUCUCCCCACCAAUCUACACUGCCUCCCCGACGGUCCCCACCAUGACAGCCAAAUGUGUCCAGAAUGGUCCCACAGCCUGGAUGAGCGUAUCAGUCCCGACUCCCUACAACCAGGGUGACGUUGAUUCCAUCCGGAACCUCCGAAGUCAAUACACAUUCUGUAACGCCAGUCAGAUGACAGCUAUCGAAUGCCGUGUCGUUGGAACAACAACGUCAUCUGCCGCUGCUGGGCAACGCGUGUUUUGUGACCUGAGGAACGGGCUGAAGUGUUACCAUAGCGACCAGAAUCCGGGAGAACAAUGCCAUAAUUACGAAGUCAGGGUCACUUGUGACUGCAGUCUGCCACACACCACCACUAUUGCUCCAAACACGCUUCCCACGGGCUCCCCAACCCCUCGGCGAAUGGACUUGGGCACAUCCACCACCACACUUCAUCCAAACCAAACCUUUGUCACGCCUCCUAAGCCUCCCUCGACAUCAACCGAGUGUAAAGAGCCCGGAUGGACAAACUGGAUGAACAGCGUGAAACCUGUGGACGGGAAUGACAUAGAAUUCCUACCCGGUCUUGUCAAGAGCUUUGGAUUUUGCCGGGAAGACCAGAUCGCCUAUACUCAAUGCCGACGAGUUUCAGACAAACUGAGUUUUGAUGACACCGAAGACCUUCAGACCGUGUGUAGCACUAAGGCUGGUUUUGCCUGUUAUGGUUCAAACCAACCCGACGGCCGAUGUGACGACUAUGAAUUCAGGGUUUACUGCCAAUGUGAAAACAGCGUGUGUGACAAGCAGCUCAUCAGUGAUGUUCGGUCAGUGGGCGACACACAGUUCACGGCAUCGACUUCUGUUAGCAGCUCAACUGCCGCCAUGGCGCGCCUGGACAGCGUGAGCGGAUGGCGGGCGGCUUCCGUCGACAGAACACCCUGGGUGCAGGUCAACUUUCAGGAGCCCGUCACCGUUGCCGGCGUCAUUACACAGGCUGUAAAGGACGGAUCGGCGUACACCUCCAAGUAUACAUUAUCCUAUGGUAGUUUCAACUGCUCCAACUUCCAGACCUACAACGGCACCGACGGGAAAACAAUGGUUUUCGAGGGUAACACAGGAGGCUCCGGUGAUGUUCAACAUAUUUUGCUUGAAGAGAUAAAGGCUGUAUGUGUAAGGUUAAGUCCAAUUGAAUUUACCGGCGCUCCAGCCCUGAGAUUUGAUAUCCUUGGAUGCCGCAAACACAUUCCCUUAACGCUUUUUACCACAACCACUCUCAUGCCUACUACAAGUGGACAUGUCACCGGUGUCACUACCGUGAGCAGCAACAUAACCACGCCCAUGCCCUUCAUCUGCGUUCCUGGAUGGACACCGUUCAUAAGCGUUGACACGCCCGGAGCUCUUAACACCUGGGAGAAGAGCGGACCGGGUGACACUGAACCAAUUACCGAACUCCGGAAUCUGUACGGCUUCUGUGCCUACCCAACCGGGAUCCAGUGUAGGACUAAGGUCGAUAAACUUCCGUACACGAUGUCCCUCGAUUUCGAUACUGUCUGCAACCUUGAGAAAGGAUUCGAAUGUCUGAAUUCUGCACAGGGUGGCAUGGAAUGUGGAGACUAUGAAGUCAGCUUUCAGUGCGACUGUGGAACAACCUCGCAAAUCGCAACGACAAUUUCAAAUGUAACUGGUACACCAUCGGCUCCAAAACCCGCUUGCGGAUGGACUAAUUUCAUAAACAGCUAUCCUAGAACACCGACAAGCACUGGCGACUAUGAAACGAUUCAUAACGUUAGGAUGAAGUAUGUAUUCUGCGAGUUUCCCGUGCGAAUCGAAUGCAGGGAUACGGAAACGAAAAAAGACUAUAGGACUAUCAGUCAGGCAGGUGUAUCUUGUGAUGUCAAUCGGGGUCUUGUCUGUGAAGACAACGGUCAAUCUGGAGAAAAAUGCAAGGAUUAUGAAGUAAGACUGUACUGUGUUGAUGCAUGCAGUUCCACAAUAAGUCCGGGACAUGCAACUGGUACGCCGACUCUCACUCCACCUGGCCAGUCAUCCAGUACACCAACCUUGACGUCAACAGGCCAAGGCACCGGUACACCAACAUUGACACCGACAGACAAAGCAAACGGAACACCAUCCAUGACUACAGCAGAGGCCACCGCCACACCGACCCUGAAGCCACCAGGCCAAGACACCGAUAUGCCGACAUACACACCGCCCGGCCAGUCCUCAGGAACACCAACUCUGACACCACCAGGCAUGACCACGGGAACACCAACCUUGACGCCAACAGACAAAGUCAACGUCACAGCAACAAUGACGCCAACAGGCCAGCCCACCGGUACACCAACACUGACGACAACAGGCAAAGCCACCAAUACAACUGUUCUGACGCCACCAGGCCAGCGCACCGGUACACCAACAUUGACGCCAACAGGCAAAAUCAACGGCACACCAACAAUGACGCCAACAGGCCAGCACACCGGUACGCCAACACUGACGACAACAGGCACAGUCAACGGCACACCAACAAUGACGACAACAGGCAAAGCCACCGACACAACUACCCUGACGCCACCUGGCCAGCGCACCGGUACACCAACAUUGACGCCAACAGGUAAAACCAACGGCACACCAACACUGACGCCAACAGGCAAAGCCACCGACACAACUUCCCUGACGCCAACAGCAGGCCAGCACACCGGUACGCCAACACUGACGACAACAGGCACAGUCAACGGCACACCAUCAAUGACGCCACCAGACCAGGGCACCGAUACGACGACUCUCACACCACCCGGCAUGUCGUCCGGAACACCAACCCUGACACCACAACGCAAGGCCACAGAUGCAUCAACCUUGACGCCAACAGCCAAAGCCAAUGGCACAACAACAAUGACACCACCAGGCACCGACACUGACACACCUACCCUGACACCACCAAGCAAGGCCACCGAUACACCGACUCUCAAACCUACACCAGGCAAGGCCACAGGAACACCAACCUUAAUGCCAACAAGCAAUGCCAUUGGCACACCAAUCCUGACACCACCAGGCCAGACCACAGGAACACAAACACUGACGACAACAGGCAAAGUUAACGGCACACCAACAAUGACGCCACCAGACCAGGGCACCGAUACGACGACUCUCACACCACCCGGCAUGUCGUCCGGAACACCAACCCUGACACCACCACGCAAGGCCACAGGAACUCCAACCUUGACGUCGACAGGAAAAGCCAGUGGCACACCAACAAUGACACCACCAGGCACCGACACUGACACACCGACCAUAACGCAACCACGACAGGGCACCGAUAUACCAACCCUGCCACCACCAACAGGCCAAGCCCCCGGUUCGUCAACCCUUAUACCACCUGGUAAAAUUACCAAUACGCCUACUCUUGCGCCACCAGGUCAAGACACAGGUACGCCAACCUUGAUAUCACAAGGCAUAGCCACCGGUAAACCAACAAUGACGCCACCCGACAAAGCCAAUGGCACACCUACCCUAAUACCACAAAGCAAAGCCACCGGUACACCUACUCUGACGCCACCUGGUACACAAACACUGUCAUCAACAGGCCAAGUCCGUGGUUCUACCGGUACGCCUACUCUAACCCCGACAAGCCAAGUCACCCGCAUACCGACCCUAACACCACCAGAACAUGACACGGGUACACCAACCCUGUCAACACCUACCAUUACGCCUUCACUUUCCGGUCCACCAGGAACCGGUACCCCAACAUUUACACCACCGUCCAUACUUUGCAAGGAAGGCUGGACGGACUGGAUUAAUUUGGUGAAUCCAGCAAAAUCUGAAGGAGACUUCGAAACUUACAAGAGCAUUCAAGGUUAUCCGAAUACCUGUGAGGAAGUCGUGGCCGCGGAGUGUCAGAUCGCAUCUACCGGUCAAAACUAUAUGUACUCAGGCCAGGCUGUGUCUUGUAGUCCAGAAGGCUUAAUGUGUGAAGACGGGCCAUCCCAGAAGUGUGUCGACUACAAGAUUAAGUUCUUCUGCUCAUGUCCCUUAGAGAGGACAACUCCUCGUGUCACCACCAUCGUAAAACCUCCCCCAGGCGUGGGCAGUGGUACACCCACAAUGACGCCGCCAGGCGUGAGCAGUGGUACACCCACAAUGACCCCGCCAGGCGUGGGCAGUGGUACACCCACAUUGACCCCGCCAGGCGUAGGCAGUGGUUCACCUACAAUGACCCCGCGAUCACAGAAAACUGGUGUACCGACAAUAACUCCCCCAAGCGUAACCGGUGUCCCAGGGACGACGGGACAUUACAACUGCACACAAGGUUGGACUUCCGCUAUGAGCGUCACCACUUCUGCCAUUACCGGGGACGAAUUAGAGACAAUCAGUGACUUGAGGAGAAAAUACGAGUUUUGUGACGACGAGAUGAUUGUGUCAAUAAGGUGCGCCGAUCUGAUCUCCGAAAAGACCGCCGAAGAGUUGGGUCAAAAGGUCACGUGUGACAUGACCCAAGGCCUCAUCUGUAAGGGUGCAGACCAGGCCGGUGGCAAGUGUGCGGACUACACGGUGCAGCUUUACUGCGACUGUGAAGCCCCCUUGAUGACCACUACCUUAGCUCCUCCAAUUAUACCAGGCGGUACCCCAGCGCUUCGUCCACCAUACCACGAGCAAGUCACGCCAACACUGAAGCCUACCUCGCACACAGGAGAGAGCCCUGUCACGCCCCGAAAAUCAUGUGAUAUGCCCCUUGGAGUAACAGACAGGCAGAUCGUGUCAGAUAGCCAACUUUCAGCUUCGACUUCCUUCAAUUUUAGCUACGAAGCAACUAAUGGUCGUCUGAUGCAGCAACCUUCAGGAACGAACGGAGGAGCGUGGAUGCCAAGAUUUUUCGAUACUCAACAAUUCAUUCAAGUGGACUUCGGUCACCCCGAAAAAAUAUCCGGAGUGUUAACACAAGGACGACAGGACACUGACCAAUGGGUGGAAUCAUUCCUGAUUGAGACCAGUCUUGACGGUAUUCACUGGUACAAGUACGCGGACCGCGAUUCCAAGAAAGCCUACACCAUAUUCCCUGCAAAUUUUGACCGCAACACGGCCGUCAAGUCUUUCUUCGACCGUGAGGUUGACGCCCAAUAUGUGCGCAUCGUACCAAUGACAUGGAAAGACAAGAUUGCCCUUCGUUUUGACGUGCUGUCUUGUUAUGGACGGUCAAAAACGCAGCCUCCGGGCCGUUACACGACGGAGAGGCCAACAAUCACCACGCCAACCUCAAUUGAACCAACACCCUCUCCUUUGUGCUUGGAGCCCAUGGGUAUCGACAACCCGAUGCUCGUAAAAGACGGUCAGCUUACUUCUAGCUCUAACCUUGACUCGAUGCACGGUGCGGCUGCUGGCAGAUUAUAUAACGAGUUUACUGGAUGGGCCCCCGUUUCGACUUCCGGUAAGCAGUGGCUACAGGUAGAUCUACUAGAGCCCCGCUAUGUUUCCGGUAUCCUCACUCAGGGCAUCCCAGACAAGGACAUGUGGAGUGUACAGUAUGUUGUCUCCUUCUCCAAUGAUGGCAAUACCUUCACCGCUUACUCGGAGAAGAAUGGUGGACUCCCUAUGGUGUUUAAUGCCAACAACGAUCGUAACUCCAUCGUCAAGAUGAUGUUCAAUCGAAACAUUGUUGGACGAUAUGUCCGAGUCACACCUAUUGAAGGAGGCUGGGCGGGUAUCGGUCUGAGGUUUAACCUGAUUGGCUGCUUUAACAUAUCGACUACGGCACCGCCCAUGACAUCCCAGACAGUGGUACCACCUACUCCGUCAUUCGUCCUCCCCAACAUGACAACACCUAUUAUCAUACCUCCAACACAGAUUCCCCUAGUGUGUACCAUCCCCAUGGGUAUUGGCAACCGGUACACCAUCGGAGCCAAUCAGAUCUCAGCUUCCUCCAGCCUCGAUAUCGAGCCGAUAUCUUCUUGGUCUUCAGGAAUCAAGUUGCCAUGGACACCUGUGCCCACGGAUCCCCACCCAUAUGUCCAAGUAGACUUCUUGGAGCCUAAAGCUCUCUCUGGCGUGCUCAUUCAAGGCAGCCCGUACAAGUCUGAAUGGGUAACAUCCUACCAAGUUUACACCAGCUUAGAUGGCAAUACUUGGACACCAUACUCCGACAUUCUCAAUGCUAAAAUACCUACGACUUUCAAAGGCAACAAGGAUAACACUGGACAGGUUACUAAUUUGUUCAACAGGAACAUCUAUGGUAGAUUCAUAAGGCUCUACGCAAUCAGUUUCCACACAGCUGCUACCCUGAUCUUUGAGGUCUUCGGAUGUAAUCCAUCAGAGGCUGUCAACAUGACAACAACAGAGUCUCCAAGCGGUGUCAGCACACUUACACCCACUGUGUCCCCACCGGCGGUCUCCAAGAACACCCCGACCAUAACUCCACCUUCACGGACUGGUACCCAAACCACACAAGGCUUUGGAAAGACUGUGUCAUUUACAACUCAAACCUACGUGGCUCCCCCAACAGUGUGUCUGACGCCAAUGGGUCUUGAGUACACCCGAACCGUGUUUGAUCGUCAGAUCACUUCCUCUUCAAAAAUAAAUGAGCACACUGGGGCUUCACAAGGCAGAAUACACAGUAACUCUAGCUGGAUACCUAGUAUAAACGACUCAUCUCCAUGGAUCCAAGUCAACUUUGAAAAUACAAAACUUCUGAGCGGUAUUUUGACACAGGGAGAAAACGGAGGGCAAAGAUGGGUCACCAAAUACACAGUGGAUUUCAGCAUGGACGGCAAAACCUUCUAUCCAUACACCCUCCUUCUUGGCGACUCCAAACCCGUUGUGUUUAGUGGUAACAACGACAGCAACUCACUGGUUAGACAGCUUUUCAACAGGAACGUCACAGCGCAGUACAUCCGUAUUCAUCCUCAAGAAUGGCACGGAAAUUCAGCAGCUAUUCGGUUCAACAUCAUCGGUUGCAACCCAGACAGUCCACAGACACCAACAGUAACGACUCCAAGUCCCUCUGUCACCCCACCAACCAACGGAACAGGUGUCGGAACCACGACCGUGUACGAGCAUAUCAGUACCAUCUCGGGAAUGGUUAUGUUCCCGCCUUCACUUUGUACAGUACCAAUGGGGGUUGCAAACACUCUGAUUGUUAAAGAUCAACAGUUGAGUGCCUCAUCAUCCAAGGAUAUGUUUAGUGGCGCCGAGAGGUCGCGAUUUGAUGCCCAGAAGGAUGGUAGUUUCUACGGUGGCUGGGUUGCAGGAGAAAGUAACAAGAAGCAGUUCAUCCAAGUGGAUUUUCUGGCACCAUACUACGUUGGCGGAAUUAAGACUGAAGGACGCUCGGACAAAGACCAAUGGGUUACGAAGUACGAGAUCUACUACAGCACGGAUGGGAAGCACUAUAGUGCCCUGCCCAAGUCCUACCUGGAUAGCUCGCCAAUGGUGUUUUCCGGAAAUAAGGACUCCGGCACGCCUGUUACAAACUUGUUUAACCUCGUUGCCGCACGAUGGAACAGAAUCCACCCAGUCGAAUGGCACAACGCCAUUGCUGUGAGAUUUGAGGUUCUGGGCUGCAUGUCUCCGUCUCGAUCACACCUUUCGACCACCGCCCUUCCCACCACUCCUACUUCUCAAAUGUCUGUAACUGGUUCCCGCCCACUUGGUACCGGUUCCACCACCGGCACAACGCCAGCGUCUAGUGUUAGCCCAACCGCCUGUGCAUACUGGACACCUUGGGUGAGCGCCAGCAAGCCAGACAAGGAGGGGGAAUACGAAUCAGCCUGGCAGUUGAAACAGCUUAUUACUUUCUGCGACUACCAGUACGUCCAACAGACCGAGUGUAGGACCACAGGUACGCACAUCCCGUUCGAUCAGACUGGCGAGAAUGGUGUGAUUUGCAACAAUGACUUGCAGGGCCUUCUUUGUUACGCCAAGAACCAAACCGACGGCAGUUGCCUCGAUUAUGAAAUCCGAGUCUUCUGUGACGAAUGUGCAUCUACACCAGCUGUUACAACAGCGGCUCCAAAGACGUGCAACCCACGCUGGCUACCUUGGAUUAACAACAUGACACCAACAACCGAUAUGAGCUACGUCGAGCACGAGUUCAUGAGCCUACAGAAACAACAAGAACUUUGCUUCGAUGGCAAAAUCACUCGAAUUGAAUGUCAAACAAUAUAUGGAGUGAGCUUCCACAGUGCUGGGACCGUGGGCUCUACCUGUGAGAUUCUUAGCGGACUUACCUGCAAGAAUAGCGACAACUAUCCUGUUCCAUGUGAUGACUACCAGGUCCGAUACUACUGCGACUGUGCACCGGCACCAACACUCCAUCCAACAGGCUUUGCAACUGGAACCCCGACAAUAACACCACCUGGUUAUACAGGCACUGGCAUUCCGACACAGACAACUGGCGGCAACAACAACGGCACUCCAACCUUAACACCACCAGGUUAUACGGGCACAGGUACUCAUACAAUAACUCCUCCUGGCUACACAGGAACUGGCACUCCGACAAUCACUCCUCCUGGCUACACCGGAACUGGCACUCCGACAGUAACUCCCCCUGGCUACACAGGAACUGGCACUCCGACAAUAACUCCUCCUGGCUACACCGGAACUGGCACUCCGACAAUAACUCCCCCUGGCUACACAGGAACUGGCACUCCAACAAUCACUCCCCCUGGUUACACAGGAACUGGCACUCCGACGAUAUCUCCUCCUGGCUACACCGGGACUGGCACUCCGACAAUCACUCAUCCUGACUACAUCGGAACUGGUACUCCGACAAUAACUCCCCCUGGCUACACAGGAACUGGAACUACAACAAUGACUCCUCCUGGCUACACCGGAACUGGCACACCGACAAUUACGCCUCCUGGCUACACCGGAACUGGCACACCGACUAUCACUCCCCCUGGCUACACAGGAACUGGCACUCCGACUAUCACUCCCCCUAGUUACACCGGAACUGGCACUCCGACAAUCACUCCACCUGGCUACAAUGGAACUGGCACACCGACUAUCACUCCCCCUGGCUACACCGCAACUGGCACUCCGACAAUCACUUCCCCUGGAUACAAUGGAACUGGCACUCCGACAAUCACUCCUCCUGGCUACACCGGAACUGGCACACCGACAAUCACUCCCCCUGGCUACACCGGAACAGGCACUCCGACUAUCACUCCCCAAGGCUACACUGGAACUGGCACUCCGACAAUCACUCCCCCUGGCUACACAGGAACUGGCACUCCAACAAUCACUCCUCCUGGCUACACCGGAACUGGCACUCCGACAAUCACUCCCCCUGGCUACACAGGAACGGGCACACCGACAAUCACUCCUCCUGGCUACACCGGAACUGGCACUCCGACAAUCACUCCCCCUGGCUACACAGGAACUGGCACUCCGACAAUCACUCCCCCUGGCUACACCGGAACUGGCACUUCGACAAUCACUCCCCCUGGCUACACAGGAACUGGCACACCGACAAUCACUCCCCCUGGCUACACAGGAACUGGCACACCGACAAUCACUCCCCCUGGCUACAAUGGAACUGGCCUUCCGACAAUCACUCCUCCUGGCUACACAGGAACUGGCGCUCCGACACAGAAACCUGGCGGUAAUGACAACGGCACUCCAACCUUAACACCACCAGGUUAUACAGGCACAGAUAUUCCGACAAUCACUCCUCCUGGCUACACCGGAACUGGCACUCCGACAAUCACACCCCCUGGCUACACCGGAACUGGCACUCCGACAAUAACUCUUCCUGGCUACACCGGAACUGGCACACCGACAAUCACUCCCCCUGGCUACACAGGAACUGGCACUCCGACAAUCACUCCUCCAGGCUACACUGGAACUGGCUCUCCGACAAUCACUCCCCCUGGCUACACUGGAACUGGAACUCCGACAAUAACACCACCUGGUUAUACUGGCACUGGCACUCCAACACAGAAACCUGGCGGUAACAACAACGGCACUCCAACUUUAACACCACCAGGUUAUACGGGCACAGGUACUCCGACAAUCACUCCUCCUGGCUUCACCGGAACUGGCUCUCCAACAGGCUAUUCUGGUACAGGAGUUCCAACUGUUUCUCCAACAGGCCAUUCAGGAGGGACGCCAACACUCACACCAACUACUUGUGCUAUUGUCAGUAAAUGGUCAUCUUGGGUCAACCGCCAUACACCGGAUGCGACUACAGAUGAAAUCGAGAGCAUGACAGCUGCUGAAAAAUUAACAUUCUGUGGCUUAGGAAAGAUUAUUGCUGUUGAGUGUAAAACUAUCCAUAACAUACCAAGUUACAGUACGGGAGACUUUGGUAUUAAGUGUGACAUAACCAAUGGUGCCACGUGUGAAGCCUUGGAUAACUUCCCUAUUGGUUGCCAAGACUACAUGAUUAGAUACCAAUGUCAAGAGCAAAUUUGUGGUGGUAACCAAACCACCGAUGGUACCGGAACCGGAACGUUCAGUCCAAAGGUACCCGGUCAGAACACGCCGACGGUGACACCACCCGGCGGAAGCACAGCCACACCCACUGCGGUCCCCACUACCGUCUGUGCCACAACAACACGCUGGAGCAGUUGGAUGAAUCGGGACAAACCGACCACAGGAGAAGGGGAUAAGGAGGUAAUGACCGGUGAAGAAAAACAGAAGUUCUGUCCAAGUGGCGCGAUUGCGACAGUGGAAUGUGCUUCAAUCGAUGGUGUACCGUCUUACCAGAGUAUGGACAUAGUGGACUGUAACCCGAUUACUGGAGUCUUCUGUGAUAACAGUGUGAAUAUGGGAAUGUGUUCAGACUACAUGAUUCGGUACCAGUGUGAGGAGACAACAUGUACAGGACCUACCCUGCCACCAACUACACAGAGCCAGUCCACACUCACUACUCCACAGUUCUCUCGCACAACCACAUCUCCAGGACAAGGCGGAAAACUGACAACGUAUACACAUAAAGGGACAACGCAUACAGGAACGGUAUCCACUUUCAAACCGCCAAAGUUUGCCUCGUCUACAGCCCACCCAAACACGUCUGGAAACAAAACACCAACACAGUCACCGUCGUUGAUAUGUGAAACAAAAAAGCGUUGGUCUAUGUGGAUUGACAGAAGAACACCUGGAAUCAAUGCGACUGGUGAUCACGAAUACAUGACAACCACGGAGCUCCAACGAUUUUGCGCUAGAGGAACAAUUAGUGGUGUUGAAUGCCAAACCUUUGAUGGUACCAAUUUCGAUAAAACUCCAGACUUUGUGACUUGCACUAUGGAAAACGGUCUUAUAUGUGACGGGGCAGAGAACUUUCCGAUAACCUGCAUGGACUAUAAAAUGCGAUAUGAAUGCAUAGAAGAAAUAUGUCAAACGCCAACUGGCCUUCCUACAAGUGCUGCAGGUACACCAACAGCCCAUCUAUCGAGUGUCACUGGAGGUGUUCCAACUGUAAGACCAUCUGGAUCCUAUACAGGAACCACGACAUUGCAACCACCAGGUCUAACGGGUGAGCCAACGGCCAAUCCCCAAAUAGCAACAGGCGGAGUUCCCACUGAAACCCCUAAGCGUUCUAACACUGAAAUCCCAACAAUGCACCCAACGGGGGUUUCCGGAGAGCCAACAGCCCUUCCACCGAAUUCAUCAGGCGGGGUACCCACUCUUACCCCUAAGGAAUCUAACACUGGAACUCCAACAAUGCACCCUACGGGAGUUUCCGGUGAGCCAACGGACCAUCCACCGAAUUCAUCAGGCGGAGUACCCACUCUUAACCCUAAGGAAUCUAACACUGGUACUCCAACAAUGCACCCAACGGGAGUUUCCGGUGAGCCAACGGCCCUUUUACCGAAUUCAUCAGGCGGGGUACCCACUCUUACCCCUAAGGAAUCUAACACUGGUACUCCAACAAUGCACCCUACGGGAAUUUCCGGUGAGACAACAGCCCUUCCACCGAAUUCAUCAGGCGGAGUACCCACUCUUACCCCUAAGGAAUCUAACACUGGUACUCCAACAAUGCACCCUACGGGAAUUUCCGGUGAGCCAACGGCCCUUCCACCGAAUUCAUCAGGCGGGGUACCCACUCUUACCCCUAAGGAAUCUAACACUGGAACUCCAACAAUGCACCCAAUGGGAGUUUCCGGUGAGCCAACGGACCAUCCACCGAAUUCAUCAGGCGGGGUACCCACUCUUACCCCUAAAGAAUCUAACACUGGUACUCCAACAAUGCACCCAACGGGAGUUUCCGGUGAGCCAACGGCCCUUCCACCGAAUUCAUCAGGCGGAGUACCCACUCUUACCCCUAAAGAAUCUAACACUGGUACUCCAACAAUGCACCCUACGGGAAUUUCCGGUGAGCCAACGGCCCUUCCACCGAAAUCAUCAGGCGGGGUACCCACUCUUACCCCUAAAGAAUCUAACACUGGAACUUCAACAAUGCACCCUACUGGAGUUUCUGGUGAACCAACGGCCCAUCUAUCAACCGGCCGUACUGGUAUACCAUCCGUCAAUCGCUGUACACAGAGUCAUUGGAGCUCAUGGAUUAACAGAGAUAACCCUAACAUUGGUGUCGGCGACUACGAAAGUAUGACUGACAAAGAGAAGGCUGAUUUCUGUAUUGGUGGCAAUAUCAAGAGUAUUGAGUGCGUCACAACCGACGGGGUUGCUUCCUACAGCUCCGGAGAAAUAAUGUCAUGUACGCUUCUUAACGGAUUUUCUUGCAACAAUCAACAUAAUGCUCCGGUCCCUUGCAGUGACUACAAAAUCCGAUACUUCUGCCUGUGUGAAGGUAUGUUCACAUUCGUUGUUAAACCCACAUCUACCAUUCCGUUUAACGGUACGCUACCCCCGACCCUGCAUCUGACAUGCGGCUGGUCUCCGUGGCUAAAUGGUGAUAGACCAAAUUUCGGAUCCGCAGAUGCAGGCGACCUCGAAACAAUAGGGUCUCUUAAAACCAAGUUUGGUCUCUGCAAGAAUAUCGUUGACAUUUCAUGCCGGGUUGCUGGUACGGACACAUUGGCUGAUGCUGCAGGACAGACGGAGGUGCUUUGUGAUUCGGUGAAUGGACUGCGUUGCUACAACAGAGACCAGCAGGGAGGAAUGUGCUACGACUACGAGGUCAGUGUGCUCUGCUGGGCUGCUGAAUGUUCCCAACAGGUCACUCCAACAUUAGUGACGGGAGCCAAUAGAACCACUGUAUCACAAUUUACAGUCGUAUGCCCACCUGGCGAGGUCUGGGAAUCAUGUGCACAGAACUGCAGCGAUCUCUGUGAAAGUUACGCCCAGUCGACCGGCCUGUGUAACUCGGAAAAUCCGUGCGUACCAAUGUGCAGGAACCCAAUCGUUAAGCAUAAAUGCGCCCUCGGUGAACUGCUUAAGGACAAGAAUACUUGUGUGGCAAAGCAGAUGUGUCCUUGCAUCAAACCGGACGGUUCCGUUGCGCAGGCAUACGAGACAUGGCCUAGCCCUACCGACAACUGCUCCCUGUGUCAGUGUUCGAACAAUGAGAUCAACUGCAAAACAUAUGAAAACUGUUAUGCCAUACCCCAGGCAACAACAACUACACUUAUACCACCCAUGUUGAACGGCAGCAUCCCUACUAUCCGGCCAAUUAUUACAUAUCCCGAUUGCGGCUGGACUGCUUGGAUCAACAGCGACAGACCAUCGUAUGGAAAUGGCGAUUUUGAGAUUAUCUCCAAUAUCCGCCGUUUACACCAUUUCUGUGUUAGUCCUCUUCUUAUUGAGUGCAGGGAUAUUCGUACCCACACCGCCGUGAAAGACGGGUCUCAGAAGGUCUCCUGUGAUGUUACAACUGGAUUGAAGUGCUUGAACACGGACAAUGCGGGAGGAUGUAACGACUAUGAAAUCAGAUUCUUUUGUCCAUGCGUUUCGACAACAGUUUCACCCAACCCAGGUUCGAAUAGAACUCCAACACAGCAUCCGAUAAGCGCCUCAACCGGCUUUCCUAGUGAGAAACCAAAUAGAAACUUCAACAAAACAACAACAAAACAACCCAUGAGCGUAUCUGGUGGAACUCCAACACUGAAACCAACGAUGAAUAAUACUACUACCAACAGUCAUUCAACAAAACAACCAGUGCAUAGUGGAGUUACACCGACAAUGUCACCAACGGCACCAGGCGUUGGUGUAUCUACUGCUGGACCAGUCCUUUGCGGUUGGACGACUUGGAUGGACGGGCAUAAGCCUGAUGCUUCCACAGGCGAAUCUGAAACGUUUUCAGAACUGAGAACUAUAUACCAGUUCUGCAAAGACAUUGAUAUCCAGGGCAUUGAAUGUAGGGUAAAAGAUACGCAUGCAAUGAUCAAUCAAACAGACCAAGUUAAUGUCAUGUGUACCAUUGCAUCUGGUGGUUUAAUGUGCUUCGGCUUCGAACAGCCAACAGGCCGGUGCUUGGACUACGAAAUCCGUAUUUUCUGUGAACCAGCGGGACAGGUUUGUUCUGGUACAUCAACUGGCAAACCAUCAGCCGGCAGUUCCAGCCUUACACCAACAUUGCCACCACCUGAGCACACAAACGGCUCCCCAACAAACAAACCACCUGGAAUGUCAGCCAAAUUGCCCACCGCUUUCCCAACGGGAAUGUCAACUAAAUUGCCCACAGCUCACCCACCAAGCAAAUGCGUAGAUAAAUGGUCGCCUUGGAUAAACAGAGACACACAGCCAGACGGAAAGGAGCAUGAACACAUGAAUGCGACAGAAAAGGCGACAUUCUGUGUCGACGGCAGGGUGUCUGGAAUCGAGUGUAUGACCAUCGAUAACAUUGCUAGCUACAGUUCUGGCGAGAUCCUUGAAUGCUCCAUGGAAAAUGGACUUAUCUGUGAGGACGCUGUGAACGCACCAAUUCCAUGCAGUGAUUACAAAGUCAGAUACCACUGUGAAUGUCCAGUUCCCCCAGUCGUUUGUCGUGAGAAAAUGGGAAUGGAAAACGGGCAUAUUGUGACCAACAUGAUCAGUGUCUCCUCAUCUCGAGACGGCAACCUUAACCCAGCCUCUGCCCGACUUAACAGCCACGGCGCAUGGACACCAAACCAUAACGAUCAGAAACAGUAUAUCCAGGUGAACUUCCUGAAGCCCAUGCUGCUGACAGGAAUAAUCACACAGGGACGCGAGAACAGCGGUUCGUAUGUGACAUCAUACAAAGUUCUCUUCUCUAAUGACGGCUUCAUUUGGUCACCAUACCAGGAUUUUGGACAAGACAAGAUUUUUUCCGGCAACAACAACUCCGGAUCAAUGGCUACCAACUGGUUUGAACAUCCGAUCAGAGGGCAGUACAUUCGAGUUGUGCCGCUCACCUGGAAGGGAGUUAUUGCCAUGAGGAUGGAACUUCUUGGCUGUUACGAAGGUUACCCAAGUGUCACGACCGUACCUCAACCAACUUUCACUCAAUCAGUUGUUACACCAAAUACACCACCGACUGUUUCGAACAGCUGUAUCUUCUGGGAUGUCUGGGUCAAUGAAGGUCAUCUUACUUUGACCUCGGGCGGAGACUCCGAGCCAAUAUCCGCACUCCAAUCCUUGUCUGAACGGUGCACAACUCCAAUCAUGAUUGAUUGCGUCCGGGCCAGCGACGAGCUUCCGUAUGACCAGGCUGGCCAGAAGGUCAAGUGCGAUCUCUGGAAUGGACUACAGUGCUUUAAUGCGGACAAUUCUCCACUGUGCUACGACUACAAGGCUAGAUUAGGUUGCCUGAAGAACACAACAGAAUGUUUGAACUCAGUCAGUACCACUCAACCCGGCACGACGAGCACUGUCAACAAACGGGUUCUCCUGUGCUUCGAAGGUUUGGAUAUCUCCGCCUGUCCCAAGGAUGGCUGUGCAGAUGGACUCUACUGUGAUGGUCGCCAGUGUGUCACCAAGGACAAGUGCCCAUGUUUGGUGGAUGGACAGAUUCUCAUGUCUGGAGGAUUCAAGGAGAGGUCCAACUGUGAAACGUGCCAAUGUAUCGCUGGCGAAGUAAAUUGCGAACCAAAAAAAUGUUCGCCUUGUCUCCAGGGAUUCUCGUUGGUUAUUAACAAGACAACCUGUGAAUGCUCAUGUCGGUCUUGCCCUCCGGGCGAGUUCCGGUGCGGAAAUGGAGAGUGUAUCCCGCAGGAGAGACGAUGUGAUGGAAUCAUCGACUGUAUUGAUGAUGAAGUUGGUUGUGUGUCCACUCCGAUGUUUACACCACCCGUAUACGCGACUGCUACACCAACCCUCCCACCCAAAUCAAUAGGCACUGGCCAACCUACUGCUAUACCACCAGUCAACGGCACAUCACCCACAGCCACGUUUGCCCCAGUUCAGUGCAAUAGUCAAUGGACAUCUUGGAUCAACACGGAUACUCCGGACACAGGCGAUGGAGAUAGGGAGUCCUGGACAGCUGCACAGAAAGCUGCUUUUUGUCCAAACGGAAAGGUUUCCCGUAUCGAGUGCAUGACGUCUGACGGUAUUGCAUCCUACAGCUCCGGUGAAAUCAUGCAGUGUACUGUUGAAGGUGGAGCUGUUUGCCUAACCGCUGACAAUGCACCUAUGCCAUGCAGUGACUUUAAGAUCAGAUACUUCUGCGAUUGCAAUGGUUCGACCAAAUCCAUGCAAGAACAAAUAUCUACUGCAGGCCCUGGUCAGUGUACUAGGGGUUGGUCAUCUUGGAUUAACACAGAUACCCCUGAUAGUGAUGAUGGAGACAGAGAGUCCUGGACAGCAGCCGGGAAAGCUGCCUUCUGUCCAUAUGGCAAGAUAUCCCGUAUCGAAUGCAGGACGAUCGACGACAUCGCAUCUUACAGCUCCGGAGAAAUCAUGCAGUGUACCAUUGAGGAAGGAGCUGUCUGUUUAAACAAUGACAACUUCCCCAUACCGUGCAGUGACUACAAGAUCAAAUAUUUCUGCGAAUGUGCAGUUUCUGGUUCGACCACCUCAUUGCCCGGACAAGUGACCACUGGUGUCCCAGUCCAGUGUUCUAGCAACUGGUCAUCGUGGAUCAACACAGACACUCCCGAUAGUGGCGAUGGAGACAGAGAAUCCUGGACAGCUGCCCAGAAAGCUGCAUUCUGCCCAUAUGGCAAGAUAUCCCGUAUCGAGUGCAGGACGAUAGACGACAUCGCAUCUUACAGCUCCGGAGAAAUCAUGCAGUGUACCAUUGAGGAAGGAGCUGUCUGUUUAAACAAUGACAACUUCCCUGUACCGUGCAGUGACUACAAGAUCAAAUACUUCUGCGAAUGUGCUGUGUCUCCGACGUUGCACCCAACUGGCACAUCUGGGGGUAUACCGACAGUUACUCCACCUGGCGUAAAAACACAGACUCCCAACCUUGUUCCUGGUUCGACUACCUCAUUGCAAGGACAAGUGACCACUGGAGCUUCAGUCCAGUGUUCUAGCAACUGGUCAUCGUGGAUAAACACGGACACACCCGAUAGUGGCGAUGGAGACAGAGAAUCCUGGACGGCCGCCCAGACGGCUGCAUUCUGCCCAUAUGGCAAGAUAUCCCGUAUCGAGUGCAGGACGAUCGACGACAUAGCAUCAUACAGUUCGGGAGAAAUAAUGCAGUGUACCAUUGAGGGAGGAGCUGUCUGUUUAAACAAUAACAACUUCCCUGUACCGUGCAGUGACUACAAAAUCAGAUACUACUGUGAAUGCACUGACUCUGGUGCAAGUACUUCAACCAGUCACGGACAAGUGACCACUGGUGCGCCUGUCCAGUGUACUAGCACUUGGUCAUCGUGGAUUAACACGGAUACCCCUUACAGUAACGACGGAGACAGGGAGACUUGGUCGGCCGCCCAAAAAGCUGCUUUCUGUCCGCAUGGCAAUAUUACCCGUAUCGAGUGCAGGACAACGGACGAUAUCGUAUCUUACAGUUCAGGGGAAAUCAUGCAGUGUAGCAUUGAGGGCGGAGCUGUCUGUUUGAAUGAUGAUAACUUCCCUGUACCGUGCAGUGACUACAAGAUCAAAUACUUCUGUGAAUGUACAGCCGAACCAACAUUACCACCACCUAUAGGACAAUCGCCAAGGACAACCACAAUGGGAAGGCCGCCAACUAUCCGAACCACGCACACUCACGGCGGGCCAUCGAUCGUUCCUUGCCUUACGCGGUGGUCAAGGUGGAUUAACCGGGACCAGCCAGACAGUGGAAGAGGUGAUAUUGAGAAGAUGAACGCUCAUGAACUAAAUGUGUUCUGUCCCGAAGGACGUAUCAAGGGUAUCGAAUGUUUUACAGUCAACGGAACCGCGUCUUACAAAAGUGAGGAAAUGUUGUCAUGCUCCAUCAACAACGGAUUUGAAUGUUUAAAUGACAACAACUUUCCAAUUCCAUGCAGUGACUACAAGAUUCGAUACUACUGUGACUGCGAAGUGUCUCCGUUCAUUUCAACCCCACACGGGCCAGUAAUGCAAAACCGAAACACGCCAGUUCCAGCAAUUAAGCCCCCGUGCAUACCGGAGAAGUGUCUUCCGAUGGUGAAGCCAGUUUUGAAAGAAGGGGAGGAGCUUCAGACAGUGAUAGACGCGAACGGGUGCUGCUUCAAGCACAUAGUCGUGUGUAAGCCGAACCUAUGUGCCCCGCCAAUACUCAACUGCCCCGCUCCAAUGUCACUUGAACCAGCCGUUGGAGAGUCUGAUUGCUGUCUUACGUACAGAUGCAUGUGCCCUACCAUUUGUCCAACAACGACGAAACCUGUUUGCAAACCGGACCAAGACGCUGUUGAGAUACAAACAAGAUGUAACUGCACGUUGUUUGCAUGUAUGACGAAAAUUCUCGUGUUUCCGCCACCGGGCCAGAACACGUGUCAAUAUAAACUAGCGGAUAACACGACACAAACAUAUCAGACUGGACAGUCUUGGUCUGACGGCGUCUGUACCCACUGUGCAUGCCUCGAUAAAGGGGGCGUGGCCGACACUGUGUGUCAGAAGGAAACAUGUCCUUCUUGUCCACAGGGUUAUAAAACUAUUGCCCGACUGGACCAAUGUUGCGGAGAUUGCCAGCCAAAUGGAUGCAUUAACAACGGAACUAUUUACAAGGACGGUGCUACAAUGGAGACGUCAAAGAAAUGCUACGACCAACUGUGCAUCUUCGACGCGGAACUCGACAUGUUCCUCGUGUCAGAGACCCACGUGCAAUGUCCUGCCUACGAACAGCUGGCCGAUUGCAAGGCGAACGAGGAAACAUACGACGCCACAGGCUGUUGCAUGAAAUGUCUACCUGAACGUAACGUCACAAGCCAUUCAUGUCAGACAUGCGCUCCACGGCUCGUUGUUGGAAACCCCAACGAUACGAUUGGCUACUUCACGAUUAUGGACAACAUGGAAGUUUGCAAAAACGUUGAACCUAUUCCCGACUUGCUUGAAUGUUCAGGGUUCUGCAAUUCGCGCUCUUCCUAUAGUCAUGUGAUGCAGGGAUUCACCGAUAGUUGCAAUUGUUGUCAGGCAACCGGAAGUGAAACAAGGAACGUGCAGCUUACGUGCAAGAAUGGGAGAAAAAUCACCAAGUCAUAUUCUGUGCCUAAAUCGUGUGGCUGCAGUGCAUGUUCUGGCGCGAAAUAAGCUCGGGUAAAAGACACUAACUUGCACUUUACUUGACAAUGUGUUAACACUGAACGGACUUCCAAAAUGGACUUGAUCGACUUUACAAGUGUAUAUUUUAUUUAUAAAUUUCCAUAUCAUAAUGAAAUAGCUUUUAGCGUAAGUAAACGUUUGUUAUACAUCUUGAGAGUAAUUUCUUGUUGUAGUUAUAUUUAAUUUACAAAGUAGGUACACAUUUGUGUUGACCUGACCAUUUUGUUGUGAUUUGGAAAUAAAGCAUAUCU